ACUCAAUUCACUUCCACUGACUUCAUUCACUGAGCGUUAACUCAGCUUGGGUCUGGUGUAGAAGUGUCUGCAUGGAAACAUGGCACGCCUCCUGGUGCGACUUUCUUCUGUACUUUACAAUGGAGCUUCCACACAAUCGGUUUUGUCUAAGAGUUGGUCUGUGCUAAACCGACCACUAAGCACAACAACAGAUCUUCUUUCUUUGACACGUUAUGAUGAGUGUGUGGACUGGAAGAAGAAACUAACUCCAGAACAGUAUGUAGUCACUAGAGAGAAAGGCACUGAGGUGCCGUUCAGUGGAAUCUAUCUGAACUGUAAUGAUGUGGGCAUGUACCACUGUGUGUGCUGCGAUACACCACUCUUCAGCUCUGAAUCAAAAUACGACUCUGGAACAGGGUGGCCAUCUUUCUUUGAGGCUCAUGGGACGUGGGAGAGGGACGAGAGUCAUGCCAACAUUAUCCGUAGACCCGAUAACUCGUUAGGAAGCCCGGGAACGGAAGUCAUCUGCAAACAGUGUGAUGGCCAUCUCGGCCAUGUGUUCGAUGAUGGCCCGGAUCCAACAGGCCAGAGAUUCUGUAUAAACAGUGCAGCUCUGAACUUCAAGCCUAGAGAAGCCUAAUUCAAUCUCGUAGGCGAACACAUUUCUCAUUUCCCAGCCAGAUAUUCAAGCUGCAAGUGUUCAAACCGAGUUUGAAUGAACCGUGGAGAACCGAUUUGCUGACAUCCGAGAACAAGUGUGUGCUUCAGUCUGAAUGGUUUAAUGUCGUCGUUUUCUGUUUAUACAUAAUUAAUUUGUACUUUACUGGCUCUGUCAGAAGUCAUUCAAAGAACAAAUGCAUGUUGGAAUGUUCUAGAUCUCAUGUUAUAUUUUUUUUUGUCAUAAAUCAGUCAGAAUAUGUCUGUCGUAAACUUUUUGUCUAAAAGACCCUGGUACUGCUUUAUGUAGGAAAAAUGGAAGUCAUCACGGGUCACUAGACUUGUCUCACAACCGUUUUCCAGCAUGGCUGCUGUUGACGGACUGGAAAAUGAUGUAUAUAACAGUGAAAGUGGACAACAGGUUAGAAUUACAUUUACAGUUGUAGCCUUUUUUUGUUCUGCUCCAGUAAUGGUAUUUAAUGGGCUGUGAUUUCUCCGGGUCCUGAGUUGCCUACAAAUUUUAAAAUAAAGCUAAGUAUCAACAUAACAUUACAUUAAACUCAACAUUAAACUACUGCAAUAAAUUGUA